CCAGAUCUCCUCUCUCCCCUCCAACCGCAAAAAUGUUCCGCACUGUGCCUCGCAUGGCCGGUUUCGUGUUCCGCGAGAACCGUGUCCCCUACUACCAGCGUCUGUUCCAGAACCACGACGGCAAGCGUCAAUGGUGGAAGACCUCCCGUUCCCGCUACAUCAUGUACCCCUACCUGAUCUCCGUCUACGGUCUCGGUGCUGCCACUACCUACGCCAUGUGCCGUAUGGUCUUCGGUCACAAGACUUGGAUCUAA